AUGUUCAACAUCCUCGAGGCCGACAUUGUCAUCAUGCAGGAGACCAAGAUUCAGAAGAAAGACCUGAACGACGAGAUGGUUCUGAUCUCCGGCUGGGAUGUCUACUUCAGUUUGCCCAAGGAUAAGAAAGGUUACUCAGGCGUAGCCAUCUACACCCGCAACGCCACAUGUGCACCCAUCCGCGCCGAGGAGGGCAUCACUGGCUGCAUCUCUGCCCCCAGAUCGACCACAAGCUACCGAGACCUCCCAGAGGAGCAGCGCAUCGGUGGCUACCCAACUCCUGGCCAGCUCACGGGCAGGGUGGACGAGGCGACCCUCGACUCUGAAGGUCGAUGUGUAAUCCUCGAGUUUCCCGCCUUCGUCCUUAUUGGAGUGUAUUGCCCAGCCACCCGAGAUGAGUCCCGAGAUGACUUCCGCACCGAGUUUGUCGAGGCGCUUGAUAUAAGAGUACGCAACCUCGUUGCUCUCGGGAAGGAGGUCGUCGUGACGGGUGACCUGAACAUCGUUGGGGCUGCCAUCGAUACCAGCAGAACCCCUGAGAUGCUCCAGAGAGAAGGCAUCAGUAUGGAAGAUUGGCUCGAGGCGCCCACUCGCCGAGUGUUCAAUCAGCUCGUCCAUGGCGGAAAGGUCAAGGGCAAGCGUGAUAAAGGCCGCGAGCGCCCCGUCCUGACGGAUCUUUGCAGAAAAUUCCACCCGAAGAGAAAAGGCAUGAACACAUGCUGGGACACCAAGAAGAACACUCGGCCAGCCAACUUCGGCAGCCGCAUUGACUACGUUCUCUGCACCGAUGGCGUCAAAGAAUGGGCCGAGUAUGCAGACAUCCAAGAGGGCCUUAUGGGAUCUGACCACUGCCCCGUGUAUUUCAGGAUGUCUUUUGACCGCACAAUCAAUGGGGAGCGUGAGUUCGUUCAUGAUAUCGUGAACCCGCCAGGCAUGUUCGUCAAGGGAAAACGCCAGCGGAUCUGGGCCGCGAGUGACGUGUUGCCACUCUCCGCCAGGUUGAUCCCUGAGUUCGACCGCAGACGAAGUAUUCGAGACAUGUUUUCCCGGCAACGGUCUCAGCUCGCCGGUUUGGCUCCCCCUGAGCUGAACGAACAAGGCUCGUCAAGUGAGAGCAGCGGCGUCGACCACAAUCCUCAGCUGGACUCGCUAAACUUGCCAAAUCUUGGCUCAGAGGGCUCAGGCGUCAUCAACACAGAAGCCGAACAGAAAGGAGAACUUUCCCAAAACGCCAUGGGAAAGAAGGAUGCCGUGGAAACUUCCAUGCCAAAGCGGAAAGAGGGAGAUCCCAACGUGCUGGCGAAAUCCAAACGCCCCAAGCUAGCCUCGGGGGGCAGCGCCACUUCCAAGAGCAAGCCAGGUUCUGGUCAAAUGACGUUGGCAGGCUUCUUCAAAGCGACUAGCAGCGAUAAGGCCAUGACGAGCGCGGAACAGUCCAGCGCUGAGUCCAUCACGGCCGCCCAGCCACCCCCAACAUCAAUAACAAAGGAGGCUCGUAGUCCCAGCGCCAAGUCAGUAGUCUCACCACCAUCACUUGAGACCUUACCCAAGGACGAUACUCAGAAAACGCCCGAGCCAUCUCAGCUCGACUCGGACAAGCCAUCGCCCGAAAGAGUAUUCGACCCAAUCGAGGCAAAGGAGUCGUGGUCAAAGCUGCUGGGCAAGCGGGUCGUGCCCCGGUGCAACCACGACGAGCCAUGCAUCAGCCUUGUGACCAAGAAGCCCGGCGUUAAUUGCGGGAGAUCGUUCUUUAUGUGCCCGCGUCCGCUUGGGCCAAGUGGGGAGAAGGAGAAGGACUCGGAGUGGAGGUGUGGAACGUUCAUCUGGAGUAGUGACUGGAGGAAGAAUGUCUCAAUGCCAGGUAGCUCAGACUAG